GCGGCGGCAACGCCACGGAAGCGCUGGCGGCCGGGCAUCCACGUUUUUCUGCGUUGGGAGCGUCAUGGAGCAGGAGCCGGGCGCCGCGGGCGCUCGCCGGGCGCUGGGCCGCCGGCUGGAGGCGGUGCUGGCGAGCCGCAGUGAGGCCAACGCCGUUUUCGACAUCCUGGCGGUGCUGCAGUCUGAGGACCAGGAGGAGAUCCAGGAAGCAGUCCGCACGUGCAGCCGUCUUUUUGGUGCGUUGCUGGAGCGGGGAGAGCUGUUUGUGGGCCAGCUGCCCUCUGAGGAGAUGGUCAUGACAGGGUCCAGGGGAGCCAUGCGCAAGUACAAGGUGUGGAUGAGACACCGUUAUCACAGCUGCUGCAACCGCCUGGGGGAGCUCCUGGGGCACCCCUCCUUUCAGGUCAAGGAGCUGGCCUUGGGCACACUCAUGAAGUUCGUGCAGCUGGAAGGAGUGCACCCGCUGGAGAAGCCCAAGUGGGAAGGCAACUACCUGUUCCCCCAAGACCUCUUCAAGCUGGUGGUGGGAGGCCUGCUGUCUCCUGAGGAGGACCAAAGCCUGCUCCUGUCCCAGUUCCGGGAGUACCUGGACCAUGAUGACAUCCGCUACCACACCAUGCGGGCAGCUGUGGACACCGUGGCCCGGGUCACUGGUCAGUACCCCGAGGUGCCCCCCGCCUUCUGGAACAACGCCUUCACGCUGCUGUCCGCCGUGAGCCUGCCCCGCCAGGAGCCCACCGCCUCCAGCUUCUACGUGAAGCGCACGGAGCUGUCAGACACCUGGAAGGUCGCUCACCUGAAGGAGCACAGGAAGGCUUUCCAGGCCAUGUGGCUCAACUUCCUCAAGCACAAGCUGCCCCUCAGCCUCUACAAGAAGGUGCUGGUGAUCGUGCAUGAUGCCAUCCUGCCGCAGCUGGCACAGCCCACGCUCAUGAUUGACUUCCUCACUCGUGCCUGCGACCUGGGUGAGUGCGGGCGCCUUGCUCACACGGAGUACCCUGACUUCUACCGGAAACUCUAUGGCCUCCUGGACCCCUCCGUCUUUCACGUCAAGUACCGAGCUCGCUUCUUCCACUUGGCUGACCUCUUUCUGUCGUCCUCCCACCUCCCUGCUUACCUGGUGGCUGCCUUCGCCAAGCGCCUGGCCCGCCUGGCUCUGACGGCCCCCCCCGAGGCCCUGCUCAUGGUUCUGCCCUUCAUAUGUAACCUGCUGCGCCGGCACCCCGCCUGCCGCGUCCUGGUGCACCGCCCACAUGGGCCUGAGUUGGACGCUGACCCCUAUGAUCCCGGAGAGGAGGACCCGGCCCAGAGCCGGGCCCUGGAGAGCUCCCUGUGGGAGCUUCAGGCCCUCCAACGCCACUACCACCCUGAGGUGUCCAAAGCCGCCAGUGUCAUCAACCAGGCCCUGUCUGUGCCUGAGGUCAGCAUCGCGCCGCUGCUGGAGCUCACGGCCUAUGAGAUUUUUGAGCGGGACCUGAAGAAGAAAGGGCCGGAGCCGGUGCCCCUGGAAUUUCUCCCAGCCCAGGGGCUGCUGGGACGGCCGGGCGAUGUCUGUGCCCAGCACUUCACGCUCAGCUGACCCUGCCCACCUGCGAAUAAAUGGUUUUACAGGAGAGUGGC